UUCCCUUAUGUCAGUAUGGGCGAGCUGUGGGCCUUCCUCGUCGGCUGGAACGUGCUCCUCGAAUACCUGAUUGGUGGUGCUGCCGUGGCCCGAGCCUGGAGCGGCUACCUGGAUUCCAUCUUCGGCCACAGCAUCCGCAGCUUCACUCAGAUCCACGUGGGUGUCUGGCAGGUGCCCAUCCUGGGCCACUACCCAGACUUCCUGGCCGCUGGCAUCCUCCUUCUGGCCUCUGCCUUUGUCUCCUGCGGAGCUCGCGUCUCCUCCUGGCUCAACCACACCUUCUCUGCCAUCAGCCUGCUCGUCAUCCUCUUUAUCAUCAUUCUGGGCUUCACCCUGGCCCAACCCCACAACUGGAGCGCCCGUGAGGGGGGCUUUGCGCCCUUCGGCUUCUCUGGUGUCAUGGCCGGCACCGCCUCCUGCUUUUUUGCUUUUGUGGGCUUUGACGUCAUUGCCGCCUCCAGCGAGGAGGCUCAGAACCCGAGGCGGGCCGUGCCCGUGGCCAUUGCCAUCGCGCUUAGCCUGGCUGCAAGUGCGUACAUCCUUGUCUCCACCGUGCUAACCCUCAUGGUGCCCUGGUACAGCCUGGAGCCUGACUCGGCGCUCGCCGAUGCCUUCUACCGGCGGGGCUACAGCUGGGCUGGCUUCAUCGUGGCCACCGGCUCCAUCUGUGCCAUGAACACCGUGCUCCUCAGCAACCUCUUCUCCCUGCCACGUGUCGUCUAUGCCAUGGCUGUCGACGGGCUCUUCUUCCAGGUGUUUGCCCAGGUGCACCCCCGGACGCAGGUGCCUGUGAUCGGCAUCCUGGUGUUCGGGAGCCUCAUGGCCGUCCUGGCACUGCUGCUGGACCUCGAGGCGCUGGUCCAGUUCCUGUCCAUGGGCACACUGCUGGCCUACACCUUCGUGGCCGCCAGCAUCAUUGUGCUGCGCUUCCAGAAGGCUUCUCCAUCCAGCUCCCCAGGCCCCGCCAGCCCUGGCCCCCUGUCCAAGGAGUACAGCUCCUUCUCAGACCACCUACAGCUGGUGGGCACUGAGCAGGUGUCAGUCCCCGAGCCUGGGCAGCUGCGACCUGCCCUGAGGCGCUACCUGAGCUUCCUGAGUGGGUGCAGCCCUGGAGCAGCCGUGUCUUGGGCAUUCAGCAUCCUGGUGGUCUCAGCUGUCGCCCUGGCCUGCGUGCUGAUCUUCGGGAACUCGGCCCUGCACCUCCCACGGUGGGGCUAUAUCCUGCUGCUCCUGCUCAGCAGUGCCAUGUUCCUGCUCAGCCUCCUCAUCCUGGGGGCUCACCAGCAACAGCACCGGCAGGACGUGUUUCAGAUCCCCAUGGUGCCCUUGACUCCAGCCCUCAGCAUCUUGCUCAACAUCUGCCUCAUGCUGAAGCUCAGCUACCUGACCUGGGUGCGUUUCUGCAUCUGGCUGCUAAUUGGACUCGCUGUGUAUUUUGGCUACGGCAUCCGGCACAGCAAGCAGAACCAGCAGGAGGCCCCGGGGCCAACCGCCACGCAAUACGUGGUGUUCCCCAGCGGCAGCCUGGAGGAGACAGUGCAGGCCGUGCAGCCUCCCAGCCAGGCGCCAGUCCCGGCACCCGCCCCCACGGAGUAGCCAGCCAGCCCUCACUUGCCCUGCCCUCCCCUACCUCCUCGGGAG